GCGAUUUUAAUCGAUAAGAAGUAUUUCGAACGUCUGGAAAAUCAAUUUCUCUUCUCCGGCUACUUGCUAGAGUAAGGACCCUGUCCCAGCUGAAUCCUAUGGGCUGGCUCGCUGCAUUAUUUGUAGCCUAGCCGUAACUUAUCAGUUGAACUUAGUGAGGUGUCGAAUGCUCUGUUUGCUAGCAGACAACACUGAACAAAGAAAACAUCAGGAAACUAGUCUAAACAUUGUUAGACCCCAUCGUUUGGAGGCAUGCCAGAAAAGAUAUGCGAAUACACGGAGAAUGGGUACCCUCGCGAUGGAUUAGCAGCUUACCGUUGAACCUGCAUCGGACCACACUCAGCUUUCCCUGCUGUGCUCCUGGACGUAAUCUUGGAAGUUUACACCGAGCAGAUCGUUUCCUUUUGGCCAAAUCAAAGAAGCGAGUUUCUGGGACUAUCGCUCUGGAGCACAGCCAGACUGAAGAUCUUGGUUUGAACAACAGCAAUUCCGCGUCACCUGCGAAACUUUCCAAUGAGGAGCUUAGUCAGAUUAACAGUUUUAUCGAUCGCCUUUGGCAGAUGCGAGAUAAAAAUGGAAAGAACAUCAUGCUCACUGAAGAAGAGAUGACGGGCUUGUGUCAAAAAUCUAGGCCUUUGUUUUUAAAUCAGCCUAAUGUUCUAGAUUUGCAGGGACCGCUAAAGAUAUGCGGAGAUGUCCAUGGUCAGUACAGCGACUUGCUACACAUUUUCGAAUUAUGCGGCAAACCAGAUAAGAUCAAUUACCUUUUUCUUGGAGACUAUGUGGACCGAGGACGUCACAGCUUAGAAACCAUCUCUCUGCUACUGUGUUAUAAGUUGAAAUACCCUUGUCGUUUUUUCUUGCUGCGUGGAAACCAUGAAACACAGUCGGUGACUCGCAUCUACGGAUUCUUUGAUGAAUGUAAACGGAGAUUUUCAGUGAAGUUGUGGAGGCAGUUUGUGGACACUUUCAACUGUUUGCCAGUUUGUGCAAUUAUAGAGAAUCAAAUUUUCUGCUGCCACGGUGGAUUAUCACCCGAAAUGCUGACUCCUGAAGUUACGGAUCUUUUCGAAUUGAAGCAGAAAAUUAAGAGAAUACAAAGGCCAUGUGAUGUCCCGGAAUGUGGCUUACUUUGUGAUCUAUUGUGGUCCGAUCCGUGGUAUAUCGAUGUAACAGAGAAAGGCACUGAGCCGAGCGGCUGGGAGCCAAGUGAAAGGGGAGUAUCGUUUAUGUUCGGCCCUAACGUGAUCGACCAAUUCCUAGAGAGGUUCAACCUCGAUCUGAUCGUACGUGCUCACCAAGUUGUGGAAGAUGGAUACGAAUUUUACGCGAAUCGAUCCCUUGUUACAGUGUUCUCUGCACCAAAUUACUGCGGCGAAUUCGAUAACGCGGCCGCGGUAUUUUGUUUGUCUCGUCUGACAACAAAUUUAGAAAGCUUGCAACCUACUCAUUCCAACUUGAUCACAGAUGAAGAAGAAAUGCCUCACGAUGAGGCCGACUUAGAGGGUAGCUUUCAAAUUAUCAGGUCUGUUGCAACUAAAAAGUGAGCUUCUGCUCUGCGUUGACGGUCCAUUCAAGUUUCUUGCAGCUGCUUUGCGAUCUGUUAAUCCCACAACAAUCGACUCUUUCUGUACACGUCACUUUCAUUUGGGUAAAUAACCCUUUUCAACCU